AUGGGGAUCCCAGGUCUUACCCAAGCGAUUGGUACUGGGGAGCGCAUCGCCUUGUCCAAGUUGGCUAUAGGACAUUUGGAGCGCAAUGCGAGGCCCAUCCGAGUGGCAGUGGAUAUCUCCAUCUGGCUCUUUCAAGUACGAAGCGCCCGAGGCGGCCGGAACCCCGAACUGCGCACCUUGUUCUACCGCCUACUCAAGAUCCUGGCACUGCCAAUUCAUCCGCUCUUUGUUUAUGAUGGCCCGCAUAAGCCACCAUUCAAGAGGGGUCGCGCGGUGACAAUGUCAAAUCAUGGGAAAGCGCCGAUUAUUCGCUUGUCGAAGAUCCUGGUGGACCUAUUUCGUUUUCCGCGCCAUGAUGCGCCCGGAGAGGCUGAGGCCGAGUGCGCCAGACUGCAGAAAGUCGGCGUAGUUGAUGCGGUCAUGAGCAAUGAUGUGGAUGCCUUGAUGUUCGGAUCCACCUUCACAGUAAUGAACUUCUCAAAAGAGAGCGGCACCGGCACGGCUGCGGCGACCCAUGUCACAUGCUACAGCAUGGACAGCAUAGCACCCGAAUCGCCUUCCAAAGUGAUGCUCGAUCGUGCAGGCAUGAUCUUGUUUGCUAUGCUGAGCGGUGGUGAUUAUCUGCCCUCUGGGGUUCCGAAAUGUGGAAGCAAACUGGCUGGUGAGAUCGCAAAGGCGGGCUUUGGUGAAGAUUUAUUGGAGAUUCUCGACUCAAAUGGCCCCGACAUGGAGGAGCGUUUGAGAGAAUGGAGAGAAAGACUUCAAUAUGAACUCGAGGAGAAUGAAAGCGGCUAUUUCCAAACCAAGCACAAGGUUGUUCGAGUUCCGGAGACUUUUCCGGACAAGACUAUUCUCUCGUAUUAUGCCAAGCCCGUGGUGUCGACAACGAGUGAAAUCGGCUUCCUACGGCGACGCUUGGAAUAUGCAUGGGAUAAAGAGAUUGACGCGGUCGAGCUGAGAAGAUUCGCCGCUGACACUUUCGACUGGAACUAUCGUUCUGGGGCCAGGAAAGUGACCAAACUACUUGCUGAACCUCUCGUCUGCUACAGGCUCCGCCUUGGAAAACAGGUCUCAGCCUUCAGCGCAAACCAGCCAAGGCUCUCUGGUAGCGACGUCCCGAUGAUGCAGAAGAUUUACAAGUGCCGAGAGGUCUAUAGCACGGAUGGCUCGACGGAGUAUCAGGUUGACAUUGUCCCUGUUGACGUCGUCGGCUUGGACAUAAUGGCAGAUGAGCCAAACCCUCCAUUUCCUUCGCCGGAAACAGCAGCCUCAGCGGAAGAGGAUGACGAAGAUCUUGAGAACAAUGCCGAGCCUGCCCCUCAAACAACAAUAAAAAAACGUGUCACGAAGCGCUACGACCCCUACUGCCCCGAAAAAGUGUGGAUCUCCAAGACCUUGGCGGAUUUAGGAAUUCCAGAGGUCGUGGAGAAUUGGAAGAAGGCGGAAGCGGAGAAGGCCGAAAAAGCCAAUGCACCGAAGAAGACCGCGCGCAGGACAGGCCCGCGGAAGAAGAUCAUCGACCCGGGCAUGAAGCAGGGGAGCAUCCUGAAGUAUGGUUUCCUGACCAAGGAGCGCUCUGAGAUCGGGAGCGAUAAGCGCCUGCAGCUCGCAAAGAUCACAGAUGAUUCCGGGUUCUAG